CCGCUUAAUAAUUUUGCUUUGCUUCGUUCCCCUCCUCCUCCUUCCCUUCCUGUCACGGCCUUGACCUCCUCUCCUCCGCCCCGCGGCGCGAAUAAAGCCGGCGUCCAAUUCCCCGCGCGCCAAGCAAAGCUCCGAUUCCCCAAGCCGAACCCAGGCAACCGGGCCGAGGACCGUAGGUUAGGUAGGGUUCGGCUUCCGACGCCCGAUGCGCCUGCGCCUCCACGCAUGGCGGUGAACUGCCUCUACGUCGCCGCCGCCUCCACGGCGGCCAGCGCCGCCGCCCUGCAGUGGUGGGCGACCUCCCUCCUCGACGCCCCGCGGGAAGGGGAUGGUGGCGGUGGAGGGGACUGGCUCCAGACCGUGCUGCGGUCGCACGUGACCGUCGCGCUCCUGGCGAAUCUGGCAGCGCACGUGUUCCUCGUCCUCGCCCUCGCGCUCAAGACUUUAUUUUUUGUCCGGUUAACUUCUUCAGAGACUAGAAAAGUGUUGGAACACAUUAUUAACUAUGUAAUCUACAAGGGAACUUUUCUCCCAUUGGUUGUACCUCCUAAUUCUCAACAAAUAAUUCUCUGGUCAGCUUGGUUGGUCCUUCUUUGUUCACUGAAGAUGUUUCAAUCAUUGGCCAGAGAACGUCUUGAGCGCCUCAAUGCCUCACCCUCAGCAACUCCAUCAAAAUAUUUUCGUGUAUAUUCUGCAUUAUUGCUGGUUCUUUCGACUGAUCUACUAUGGAUGAAGCUCUGUGUAGGGUUCUGCAGAUCAUGUAAUUCCAAAUUAUUUUGGCUUAUGUUAUUUGAGCCACUCAGUAUUGCCUUCGAGUCACUACAGUCUAUCAUGGUGCAUGGAUUUCAGUUAUUUGACAUUUGGCAGCGACAUCUAAUGGAUAGUGGUGUGGACUAUCUUGAUUUCCAAAAAUCUUAUAAACAAGCUGCAGGAUCUUUUUCUGAGUGGAGAGGCAAACUUAUCAGGAAUUUUGGUUUUGUCAUUGACUUGAUAAGUUUGUUGAUGUCACUUGGUCAUUAUUCAAUGAUCUUUUGGCUCCGUGGUAUGGCAUUCCACCUGGUUGAUGCAGUUCUCCUAUUGAACUUGCGUGCUCUUGUAGUUUCAUUUUUUAAGAGGAUUAAGACCUACAUCAAGUUAAGAAAGGCACUCCGGUCACUUGAUGGCGCACUUCCAGACGCUACAUAUGAUGAAAUUUGCACAUACGAUGAUGAGUGUGCCAUUUGCCGGGGACCAAUGGCUCGAGCUAAAAAGUUGUCCUGCAACCAUCUAUUUCAUCUACCUUGCUUGCGAUCUUGGUUGGAUCAAGGAUUGAUGGAGGGUUACUCUUGUCCAACAUGUCGAAGGCCACUCUUUCUUUCACCUCAAGGGCAGACUAGGUCUACAACAGCAGAGGUACCGAACAUUCAGCUUAUUGCUGAGCAGCUCAAUAUGGGUUUAAAUCAGCAGAGGGUUCAUGGUCAUGAAAAUCCUGUUGAGCAGCCGAAUCCUUCAGAUACUGUUUGGAGAGGUGCUGGUCUGGAUUCUAGCUGGGCACCGCCGUGGUCGAGGCCUGGGAUGGAUGAUCCUAGUUCCUCUAGUGCAGUGAGAUCUGUGGGGAUUAGUGGGGUUCAGAUGAUGAUGAGGCAGUUUGCUGCUGUGACUGAUAAUUAUGGGCAUACGGAUGGCACCUGGAGUCUCUGGCCUGAGUCUAUGCCAGGCCCUUCAAUUGUUCCAUCAUCUUCCUCGAGUCCUGAUGGUGCAUCUACUGCUGUCUUGCGGUUUAGAGGCACUGCAGGAACAAUUAAUGGAAGCAUGUCACAGGUUAAUUCCAUGGUAGAUAGAGUACGAGAAGUUUUACCCCAUAUGCCUGACGAGCUAAUUAUAGAGGAUCUGAUGAGAACGAAUAAUGUGAAUGCUACUGUGAAUAAUCUUCUGCUGAUGCAAUAAUAGGGCAAUACAACAUAUAGCUAUGAUCUUCACUGGCUAUAAGUUCAUAUAUGGAAAGUCUGUAUAGUUAAGGAUGAGCCGGGGUGUUAAAGCAUUCUUGGUUCUUGUAAUAAGCGUUUUGGUUUAUUUUGUUCCAUAUGGAUAAAACAUGCCAGCUUUGUAUAGUAAUUACAGUUGUAUAACAUUAUGCUCAAUAUGCUAGGUUAGUAUAUGUAGAAAAAUGCAGAUGCUACACCAAAAUAAAUUUAUCUUACUUCACAUGUAUUUCUCGAUGAAAACUAUUGAUUAUCUUGUAAUGUUGGUAGGCUCUUAGAGCAUGUAUAAUGGGGUGACGUUAGCCA